UUUUUUUUAAAUUUCAUGGGAAAUUGUUGUGUGACUUCGGGAACUGCUUCUCAUGAGAAUAAGAAGACGACGAAGAAGAAAGGAAAAAAGAAGCAAAACCAAAUUUCCCGUGAAUCUGGGCACAAUCACCAAGGUCACGGAGGCCAUAAACUCAUCGUUUUAAAGGAACCAACAGGGAGAGAAAUUAAACAAAGAUAUGAACUGGGACGCGAGCUUGGGCGUGGUGAAUUUGGGAUCACGUGUCUUUGUACGGACAAUCAAACUGGUGAGACAUUUGCAUGCAAAUCGAUAUCAAAGAAGAAGCUGAGGACGGCGGUGGAUAUCGACGACGUGAGAAGGGAAGUUGAGAUCAUGAAGCAUUUGCCAAAACAUCCUAAUAUUGUCACCUUGAAAGACACUUUUGAGGACGACAAUGCAGUGCAUUUGGUCAUGGAGUGGUGCGAGGGUGGUGAGUUGUUCGAUAGAAUUGUUGCUAGAGGCCAUUACACCGAGAGAGCAGCUGCUGCUGUCACCAACACCAUUGUUCAAGUUGUUCAGAUGUGCCACAAGCAUGGUGUGAUGCAUAGAGAUCUCAAACCAGAGAACUUUAUGUUUGAAAAUGAAAAGGAGACGGCUGUUUUGAAGGCGAUUGACUUCGGUUUGUCAGCAUUCUUUAAACCAGGAGAAAGGUUUUAUGAGAUAGUUGGAAGUCCAUACUACAUGGCACCAGAGGUGUUGAGAAGAAAUUAUGGCCCUGAAGUCGACAUUUGGAGUGCCGGUGUCAUCCUUUACAUAUUGCUUUGUGGGUUACCUCCUUUUUGGGCAGAAACUGAACAAGGAAUUGCACACGCAAUUAUUCGCUCCGUCGUCGAGUUUAAGAGGGAUCCUUGGCCUAAAGUUUCUGAUAAUGCAAAAGACCUUGUGAAGAAGAUGCUCAAUCCUGAUCCAAAGCGGCGACUUACAGCUCAGCAAGUCUUAGACCAUCCUUGGUUGCAAAAUGCAAAGAAGGCUCCAAAUGUUUCCUUGGGUGAAACUGUGAAGGCAAGGCUCAAGCAGUUCUCUGUAAUAAAUAAGCUCAAGAAAAGAGCUCUCAGGGUAAUAGCUGAGCAUCUUUCGGUCGAGGAAGUUGCAGGCAUAAAAGAGGGAUUCCAAGUGAUGGAUACUAGCGGUAGAGGAAAGAUCAACAUUGAUGAGCUAAGGGUUGGAUUACAUAAACUUGGCCAUAUUAUUUCUGAUUCAGAUCUUCAAAUAUUAAUGGAAGCAGGCGAUUUCAAUGGAGAUGGAUAUUUGGACUACGGAGAAUUUAUCGCCAUCUCAGUUCACCUGAGAAAGAUGGGCGAUGACAAUCACAUUAAAAAGGCUUUUGAGUUUUUCGAUAAAAAUCAAAGUGGUUAUGUCGAGAUUGAGGAACUAAGAGAUGAAUUAGCAGAUGAGCCUGAAACGAACAGCGAAGAAGUCAUUAGUUCCAUCAUGCAUGAUGUGGAUACAGACAAGGAUGGGAGAAUAAGUUAUGAUGAGUUUGCUGCAAUGAUGAAAGCCGGUACAGAUCGGAGAAAAGCGUCAAGGCAAUACUCACGAUAGCGGUU